UAAACACGUGCUCGGCUGACUGCAACCGUAUGUUCAUUGAUAAAAGUUUAUGGUUUUAUUCUCAUCAAAUUCUUUUCGAGAAACAACACAAUGUUGAAACCAAUUUUGAAUCAACUCGCAUGUAAACGAGUUGUGCUAGCUAGUGGAUCGCCAAGACGACAGGAGCUGAUUCAGAAUAUUGGCCUCUCCAGUGUCCUGCUUUGUCCGUCAACAUUCGAAGAAAACCUGAACAAAUCGGAUUACACGUUUGGCGAAUAUGUCGCCGAAACGGCAUACCACAAGGUGCUGGAAGUGUACAAACGGCUUUCCUCGAACGAAGACCCAACCGAAAGGCCAGACAUUGUGAUCGGUGCCGACACGAUGGUCACCAUGGACGGCAAGAUGUACGGCAAGCCAAAGACUCCGGAGGUUGCAUUCCAGAUGCUUACUGAGUUGAUGGGCCGCCAACAUAUCGUCUAUACCGGGGUGGUGAUCAAAUAUCACGACAGAGAGGUGAAAUUUACGGAAGCUUGCAAGGUGAACUUUGGCAAGGCAACGCCAGAGCAGAUCCAGGCCUACGUGGACACCGGAGAGCCAUUAGACAAAGCUGGCGCUUAUGGCAUUCAGGGUGCCGGAGGAACAUUCGUCGAGAAAAUUGAGGGGGACUUUUUCACCGUGGUUGGAUUGCCGCUAUAUCGGAUAUCGACUGAGUUGUGCAAGUUGUUUGAUUAUGAUGUUACUAAAUGAGAUAUUGUUUCUUCGUUUUGAAAAAUACAGAUAACAUGACAUGCUAAAAACACUGUUUGAGAGGAAAUUAACCGUUAUCAUUGAUACACACGCGAUCCCGCGAAUUAGCAGCAAAAAGAAACC